AUGCCGACCAGCUCGAGUUCAGCAGGAGGAGACGCGCCAGGCGGUGGGAAGGAGUAUCCUCGAACCGCGUCGUCUUAUCGUCUUUUAGAGGAGAUCGGCCAUGGUAUCAGCGCGGUGGUCUUUAAGGCCAUGUGCAUUCCGUUCAAGGAGAUCGUCGCGAUUAAGCGGCUCGACUUGGAGCAAUGCAACAGUAGCCUCGAGGACAUCCGGCGGGAGGCGCAGACGAUGACGAUGAUCGGGCACCCGAACCUGGUGCGCGCGUACUGCUCGUUCGUGGGCGAGCAGUACCUCUGGGUGGUCAUGCCCUUCAUGGACGGCGGAUCGUGCCUGCACAUCAUGAAGUCGUGCCACAUGGACGGCCUGGAUGAGCCCAUCAUCGCCACGGUGCUGCGCGAGACGCUCAAGGGCCUGGAUUACCUGCACCGCAACGGUCAUAUCCAUCGCGAUGUGAAGGCGGGCAACAUUCUGAUCGACGCGGUGGGGAACGUGCGGCUGGCGGACUUCGGCGUGUCCGCGUGCAUGUUCGACACUGGCGACCGCCUCUUGUCGCGCAAGACCUUCGUCGGCACGCCCUGCUGGAUGGCACCCGAGGUGCUGGAGCAGCUGCACGGAUACGACUACAAGGCGGACAUAUGGUCGCUUGGCAUCACGGCUCUGGAGCUAGCGCACGGCCACGCGCCUUUCUCCAAGUACCCGCCCAUGAAGGUGCUGCUGAUGACGCUGCAGGGAGCACCUCCGGGGCUGGACCUUGAGAGGGACCGCCGCUUCUCCAAGUCGUUCAAGGAGAUCAUAGCCAUGUGUCUGGUGAAGGAGCCGUCCAAGCGCCCUACAGCGGAGAAGCUCAUGAAGCACGCCUUCUUCAAGCAGGCGCGCGACGCCGACUACGUCUACCACCACCUGCUGCACGGGCUGCCCACGCUGGGCGAGCGAGUGCAGAUGCUCAAGGAGAAGGAGCUGGCGCGCCUGGCAGCCAACAAGGACCCCAUGAACGUGCAGGAGGAGCGCUCGCAGGUCAGUCAGUCUGCCACUCAAUAUCAAAUCCGCGUGUAA